CCCAGCAGACGCUGUGGUAGGCUGACUGUGGCCAGGGCCUUUCCUUGAGGGCAGCCCGCCCUCCCCAGGGGCACCCACCCUCAACCAGUUUGGCAGGGCUGGGCAGGCAGGUCUGGAGAUGGUCGGGGAGCCCUGAACCUCCACACCUUCUUGGGCUCCUCCUCCUGCCCCCGCCCGCCUGUGCUGGGCACUCAGGCCUCGCUGAGCUGGGCGCCCGGUGCCCGAGGCCGGGAAGUCAGGGGUCCCUGGGGGUGACCCCCCCAGAAGAGAGCAGCGGCGGCGGCCAGGAGCCCUCCCCGGGCCGGCCGGGCGGGGUGCCCUCCCCGGGGCCGGGGCCAUGCCGCCUCGUGCCCGCUGAGGUCCCCACCAUGGCCCACUCGCUGACCUGGAGCUGCUGUCCCUGGUGCCUGACCGAGGACGAGAAGGCAGCGGCCCGCAUCGACCAGGAGAUCAACAGGAUCCUCCUGGAGCAGAAGAAACGGGACCGCGGGGAGCUGAAGCUGCUGCUGCUGGGGCCUGGUGAGAGCGGCAAGAGCACGUUCAUCAAGCAGAUGCGCAUCAUCCACGGGGCGGGCUACUCGGAGGAGGACCGCAAGGGCUUCCGGCCCCUCGUCUACCAGAACAUCUUUGUCUCCAUGUGGGCCAUGAUUGAGGCUAUGGACCGGCUGCAGAUCCCUUUCAGCAGGCCUGAGAGCAGUCACUAUGCCAGUCUGGUCAUGAGCCAGGACCCAUACAAAGUGACCACUUUCGAGAAGCGCUACGCCGUGGCCAUGCAGUGGCUGUGGAGGGACGCCGGCAUCCGGGCCUGCUAUGAGCGCCGCCGAGAGUUCCACCUGCUCGACUCGGCCGUGUACUACCUGUCCCACCUGGAGCGCAUCACCGAGGAGGGCUACAUCCCCACAGCACAGGAUGUGCUCCGAAGCCGCAUGCCUACCACCGGCAUCAAUGAGUACUGCUUCUCCGUGCAGAAGACCAACCUGCGGAUCGUGGAUGUCGGGGGCCAGAAGUCAGAACGCAAGAAGUGGAUCCACUGCUUCGAGAACGUGAUUGCCCUCAUCUACCUAGCUUCGCUGAGCGAAUACGACCAGUGUCUGGAGGAGAACAACCAGGAGAACCGAAUGAAGGAGAGCCUGGCCCUGUUUGGCACCAUCCUGGAACUGCCCUGGUUCAAAAGCACAUCUGUCAUCCUCUUCCUCAACAAAACUGACAUCCUUGAGGAGAAGAUCCCCACCUCCCACCUGGCUACCUACUUCCCCAGUUUUCAGGGCCCGAAGCAGGACGCGGAGGCAGCCAAGAGGUUCAUCCUGGACAUGUACAUCGGCAUGUACGCCGGCUGCGUGGACAGCGCGGACGGGGACAGGAGGGGUCCGCGCUCCCGGCGCCUCUUCAGCCACUACACGUGUGCCACGGACACCCAGAACAUCCGCAAGGUCUUCAAGGACGUGCGGGACUCGGUGCUGGCCCGCUACCUGGACGAGAUCAACCUGCUGUGACCCAGGCGCUGCUGCCCCCGGGCUCAGACCCGCGCGUGGCAGGCGGGACCUGCGGGCGGACCGGUGCUCAGUGAGCCCGAUGCCCCCUGUCGCGCAGCCCCAGGUCCAGGUGGCGGAAGGGCCGCGAGUGAGUCAGGGGUUGAAGGCGGUCGCCGCCCCCUCCUUUCUCCGACCCUCGCCAGGACAGCCCCCGCGUUUGCCCUCCUUUGACUCCGUUUACCUCCUCGGAAAGGGAGCACAACGGCCACUUGGGAUGGCAGGGUGGAGGAAAAAGUGAGGGGAGCAGGGGAUCGGGGACUUGACCCACCCCUGGGUAGGUCCUCUCCAGGGAAGAGGCCGCGGACCCCCACGGAGGUGAUGCGCUAGCCUGGUCGGGGGGGAGCGGGCCUUCAGUCCGAGGGACCGGACUCUGGCGCCCCCUAGCGGGGUUCCUUGACUUAUAGACACGUCACUCCGAGCUCCCCUCCUCACAGGAGGCGGCAUCCACCAGCCUGAGGUCUGCGUGGCGCGGGGACUUCCCGUUCUGGGCGGGAAGAGAGACCCGGAGAACGCUGUCCCUUCCAGAGUCUGCGCCUCAAAGUGUGUCCUGCCCUGUUUACAGACGAGGGAAACUGAGGCCACAGGCGUUCCCCCCACUUCCCAGUCUGGGGGCUCGGGCGCACUGCAUCUUACAACUUCUCUGUAUUUAUUCCCUCCCCUUCUGUGGGGCCCCUUGCAAGACAUUAAAGACAUGUCUGGAGACCUAUGA